CGACGCCGCGCCAGCCAGCCAGGCCAGCCGUCAUCCACGAGCCGCGUCGUCGCAGCAUCAUAUCAUAGUUCGUAGCAGCUGCCCCAUGUGAUCACUCCCUCUCGUCCCAUGUGACCCGCCCUGAAUGCCACUGCCCUCACACCUCAUCACCACGCUCCCCCACUUGUUCAUCUCUCCCUCCCCUCCUCCGUGAUCCCGACCUCCCUCACCCUCGCCGUCAGCUCGCCUCCCUUGCUUGCAUCCACCUACAUUCCCCAUCCUUCCCAGAUCACAGCCCAAGCCAACCAUGAUCCGGCGCGGCAUGCCGCCGCCGCUCCUGCUGCUGCUGCUGGCGCUGGCCGGCACAGCGGCGGCGCAGCAGGAGGGCAACGUGCCGGAGCAGUACGCGGCGUCGCUGGCCACCCGCUUCGACGCGCCGGCGUCGUGGCCGUUCCCCAACCCGCGGCUGCGGGCCGCCUACGCCGCGCUGCAGGCCUGGAAGCAGACGGCCAUCUUCUCCGACCCGUCCAACUUCACCGCCAACUGGCAAGGCCCCGACGUGUGCGCCUACACCGGCGUCUACUGCGCGCCGGCCCCCUCCGCCUACGGCGCGGUGACCGUGGCCGGGAUCGACCUCAACCACGCCGACAUCGCGGGCUACCUUCCCGCCUCCCUCCCGCUCGGCCUCCCGGACCUGGCGCUGCUCCACCUCAACUCCAACCGCUUCUGCGGGGUGGUGCCGGACACCUUCCGCCGCCUGCGCCUCCUCCACGAGCUCGACCUCAGCAACAACCGCUUCGUCGGUGCCUUCCCGGAGGUGGUGCUCGCGCUGCCGUCCUUGAAGUACCUCGACCUCCGCUUCAACGACUUCGAGGGCGCCAUCCCGCCCGCGCUCUUCGACCGCCCGCUCGACGCCAUCUUCCUCAACUCCAACCGCCUGCGUCGCCCCAUCCCCGCCAACCUCGGCAACUCGCCGGCCUCCGUCGUCGUGCUCGCGCACAACAGGCUCGGCGGGUGCAUCCCGCCCUCCAUCGGGAAGAUGGCGGAGACGCUCAACGAGAUCGUGCUCAUCGACGACCAGCUCACCGGCUGCAUCCCGCCGCAGGUCGGGCUGCUCAAGAAGGUGACGGUGUUUGAUGUCAGCGGGAACCGGCUACAGGGGGCGCUCCCCGCGGCCAUCGGCGGGAUGGCCGCCGUCGAGGAGCUCGUCGUCGCCGGGAACCUCUUCGAGGGCGCCGUGCCGGCCGCCGUCUGCGGCCUCGCCGGGCUCAAGAACUUCACCUACACCGACAACUUCAUCACCUCGCGCCCGAGCUGCAAGCAGGCCACCGCCGACGGCGCGUGGAACUGCAUCUCCGGCGCGCCCGCACAGCGCCCGCCGGCUCAGUGCGCCGCCGCAGCCUCCCACCCGUUCGACUGCAGCAAGGCGCAAUGCCAGUUCUCGGCGUACACUCCUGCCACUCCCGCGCCCGGUGGUGGCAAGCCUUCCGGCCCGUCGUACCCGUCGCCGCCGUCAAGCACGACCACUCCGUCGUCCCACUCGCCUCCCAAGGGCUCCGGCACGCCGUCAUACCCCUCGCCGCAUCAGGGAUCCACCACCCCGUCCUACCACUCGCCACCUCAGGGAUCCACCACGCCAUCGCCACCAGGCUCAACCACGCCGUCGUACCCGACACCACCGUCCAGCUCCAGUACCCCGUCGUACCACUCGCCGCCUCAGGGAUCCACCACGCCAUCGCCACCAGGCUCAACCACGCCGUCGUACCCCACGCCACCGUCCAGCUCCAGCACCCCGUCGUACCACUCGCCGCCCCAGGGAUCGACCACGCCAUCGUCACCAGGCUCAACCACGCCGUCGUACCCGACGCCUCCGUCGAGCUCCAGCACCCCGUCAUACCACUCGCCGCCCCAGGGAUCCUCCACGCCAUCGCCACCAGGCUCAACCACGCCGUCGUACCCGACGCCUCCGUCCAGCUCCAGCACCCCAUCAUCCCACUCACCGCCGCAGAGCACGCCGGGGACCCCGUCGUACCCGUCUCCUUCGUCAGGCACCCCGACGCCAGUAGGAGGCCACGCGCCGCCUCCCCCGACCUCGGCCGACAAGCCAGACGGCCGGUACGCGCCGCCCCCGGGCUCGUACGGCCCCACGACGCCCUCCGGCUCGACGCCACCUUCCUCCGGCAGCCACCAGCCGCCGUCGCCGCCCACGGAGUACCCCGGCUACGCGCUGCCUCCCCACUCGUCAGGGACCCCAUCGACCACGCCUCCAUCACAGACGCACCCAGGCACACCGUCUUCCCCGUCGGGGCCAACAACGCCGUCCACGCCCGAGCACUGCGCGCCGCCGUCCAAGGGCAGCAGCACCGGCGACCACGGGCACGGGCACCCGACGCCGACGCCGACGCCGUUCCCGCCGGUGUACGGCGUGGCAUACGGGUCGCCGCCGCCGCCGAUGAAGCCGUACAACUAACUCUUCCUGGUCCAUCGCCGGAGCAGCCAACACACCGCACCGCCGCCAGUAUAAUACCUCACCUCCCUCUGCCAUGGACUGCCAUUGCCAGUAGUAUUUUUUCCACCUUGGGUUUUUCCAUCUCUUCUUCCUUCUUCUUAAUUUGUUGCGACGAGUGUUUGAUCCACGAUCUUACAGAGAUCGGAUGGAGUUGAAAGAGGCCCCCUCCUAUGUAUUCUUUCUGCCCGGAUUUAUUAAAUUAAUUUGGAUGUGUAA